AUGGCGACGUCUUCCGAUGCAUGUUCUUCAAUUGUUCGUCUGAAUAUAGGUGGAAAGGAAUUUUGCACAACUGUUGAUACGCUAACUCACAGGGAGCCUCAUUCGAUGCUUGCUGCCAUGUUUAGUGGUCGCUACACUGUUUGCAAGGAGUCUGAGAAGGGAUAUGUGUUUAUUGAUAGGGACGGGAAGCACUUUCGGCAUAUUUUGAACUGGUUGAGAGAUGGUGUAGCUCCUAUUUUCAACCUGUCUGAUUUAGAGCGUGUAGAGCUUUUGCGGUGGACCUACAUGCGGGAAGCAGAAUACUAUCAGCUUCUUGGAUUGGUGGAUAGGAUAAAUGAGGUCUUGAAUAAAAAGGAAGAUGAACAAAUGGAUCCUGACUUUACGCGCGGUGAUAUUAUCAAAUGUGUACAACAUGCAUAUGCAGUUGGCGGACGUGUCAGAUUAAUAGGAGUAAAUCUCUCUGGGCUUGAUCUUUCAAAAUUGGUUUACACUUUACAAGCCCCAAAUGAAUUCGGGGAGCACUUGUGGUUGCCCUUUUUCGGUGUGGGUGGUGUGGACUUCAGCUUUGCAUGCCUGAAAAAUGUUAACUUUUCAGGUGCUAAUCUUCAUUUUGUUAGAUUUCAGAAGGCAGAUGCUGAAAAUACUAAUUUUUACAAUGCAAAAUUGACCAAGUGUAUUUGUGAUUUAUGGUGUGUAUAUUUGAUAUUAGUUCUUUUUAGUUGGGUAAAUCUGAUAUUAUAUUGCUGUUUGGAGGGAGCCAAUUUGGAAGGAGCCAAUUUGGAAGGAGCCAAUUUAAAGGGUGCUGUUUUGUAUAAUGCCAAAUUGAAUGGUGCUAAUCUUCGACGUGCUUGUCUUGAUAGUGUUAAUCUUGAGAAUGCAUGUUUGGAAGGCGCCAAGCUGGACAGGGCGAAUUUACACCGGGCAAAUAGAUGA